AUGUCCAACGACACCACGACCCGAAGAAUCCUUCCCCAGAGCUCCCAGAUGGGAACCUUUGCCUUUGCACCGACCACCUAUCACCAUCCUCAGCAGCCACGCGAAACACAAAAAAACUAUGUGUUCGUGGACGAGCACAACCGCCACAAGCGGUUGAAGGUGAUGAGAGCGUGUGAGGGGUGUCGGAGAAGAAAGAUCAAGUGUGAUGCUGCAACGACCAACACCUGGCCCUGCUCCGCAUGUAUUCGUCUGAAGCUGCACUGCGUUCGUCCGAACGGUUUUGACAGCACUGCAGACACUCAGACGCAGACUUAUGAACCCGUCCGAUCCCAUUUUGAGUCUCCACAUGUUUCUUCCAGCUUCAGACAAGCGCUUCCUCUGCAGGACCAGCCGCUCCUUUCCCAUGCGCCAAAACCAGCCCCUCAUAUCUACCAGCCGGUGACGUCCUACCCGGAUACGUCGAGUCUUUACCAUCCUGUCCAGUAUACGGAGCCUCAGCCCGUUCCUCACGACCUGCACUAUGCCCCAGUUCACCACCCCGUGAAUGUUGUCGAGCAGCAGUACACCACGGCCCAGCCUGCCACCUUUCCGACUCCUCCCCCGCUGCACCAGACGCCCCAGUCUGCAUCAUCCCCGUCAGAUGCUCAGUCCGAGUAUGCCCAACAGGACUUGGCCGAUCUGUUGGGUUCUCUCAAGGUGAAUGAAGCAGGAACAGCGCCAUAUCUCAACAGUAAGCUCCGGUCGUCCAAAGACGAGGAGCCGGCUGUGGAGGAGGAUGACGACUUUAAGAGUCUGCUCCCUCCGUUAACUUCGGGUCCAGGCACCAAAAUCCGCAUCCCGCCAGAGCUGAUGCCUGACGACGAGACGGUUCUUCGCUAUUUUGACUUAUACUUCACCCACGCUCAUCCUUACGUGCCGGUGUUAGACAAGACCCAGUUCUACCAUCAAUGGCAAAACAACCGAGACUCCAUAUCCCCUUUGCUUUUAGAGGCUAUCUUUGCCAUCGCAGGACGUUUGGCGGAUGAGCCAGCUCAGGGCCAGCAAUGGCUUGCUCUCGCAUCACGGCAUGCGGAUUCUUUCAUGGAUGUGCCUCGGCUGAGCACUCUCCAGGCGCUUAUGAUCCUGUUAAAAGCGAAGGAAUCUGCGCCCAAGAAGGGUUAUUAUUAUCGCUCGUGGAUGAGCAUUGUUCAGGCCGUCCAACUGGGUAAGGAUCUUGGGCUAGAUGAACAUUAUGCCGACCAUCAGGCUGGUAGGUGUGCAGGCUCUCCAGCCGAGUGCGCCUUGAAAACCCGGAUCUGGCAAACCUUGUUUGUGGUCGAGCUGAUGAUCGGCUCUCCUCAAGGUACGCUUGGCUCCAUAAGAACUUCAAGAUCCAUCGAACAAGAACUGACGAUCCGCCAAGGUCGGACUGACUUCCAGGUUGAAGAGGAAACGGUCGACUUCAGUAUUCCCCGGCCGCUACCAAACCAGGACGAGUCUGAGUAUCAAGUAUCUCGCAACUUCGUGUAUCUGGCCAGGAUUGUUCGCGCUGUUGGCAGAAUGGUCAAGGUUUACAAACGGCUCAAGAGGACAAAGGAUUGGGGCAUCGAUCCUGCCUUUGUACAGGCCGAUCCGGAACACGAUUCCUCGUGGCUGACUAGCCUGCCUUCGGAUCUUACGGUCACUUUUCCUCCUGACGGCUCGCCUCCUUAUCUACCCUCGGCGUAUGUCGGCAACGUCCAUACCUACUACUGGCUCUCAAUCAUCUUGUUCCAUCGUCCCCAGCUUACGGCGCUAUCGCACUCGGCACCUGGCGGUCAGUGGAAGCAGCACAUGCUCGUUGCCUCUAACGCUGCAAAGAUGAUAUGCAGACUCCAGGAAGCAGUUUUGAACUCGUUUGGGAUGACGGGGCUUCAGUGCAUGCAGCGGGGAAUCAACUUCACUAUAUAUGCAGUGCUUCAAUGCCUGGUUCUUCAUCUGGUUGCCAUAACGUGUCCGGAUCCGGACGUCAAUGCAGAGUCCAGGGAAUACUUUACUCGCCAUAUGAGGCUCAUCGAAAAAUGCAUGAGUGCCUGGCCAAUGCCCGAAAUGCAGAAGCAGAUUGACUCGAUCCGGGAGGCCUUCUCUGCCGAUACCAGGAAACCCUUCGUUCUGAAGCCAACAUUCCCUUAUGGCAGCCCUCAUUCAACCUCCCAUCCGAGCCCUCCUGGCCGGCAUCUGGACACUCAUGUUCCGCACUCCCAAGUUAGUCUAACCAGUCAUCCCCUUACGCCCGUCUCGGCCGCCUCACUAGAUGCCAAGAGUGAAUCGCCUGUCGUUCAAGCGCUAACCUCGGUUCCCUCUGUUCCUGCCUCCCAGGCCCAAGGUGUAACGGAUACCUUGCCCAUGCCGGAGGCGCCCACGUGGAAUCCCUCGCGCAUCUUUGAUCAGUGGAAUAAUACAUUUGGCGCCCCGCAGAUUCAGUCAACCCCUCCCCCAGUAACGGCACCCACUCCCUCGUUGGGUGUCCCUUCUGCCAAUGGGGUAGGAUCAACUGGCCUGCACGAUAUACCGAGUGUACCGAGUCAGCUUCGUACUACUUCCCAGCCUAUACCGCCGCCCCCUCAAUACGCUGCCGCACCUAUUCAGACUUUCGUCACACCAGCCAUGUGGCAAGAGUCUGUGGCUAGCGUCUACGAAGGCGGCAUCAAGCGCUCGUGGGAUUACGAUAGCCACUUACCUAUAAAGCGGCACCAUUGA